AUGGGCAGCAAGGAAGAUGUGGGGAAGGGAUGUCCGGCGGCCGGUGGCGUCUCCAGCUUCACCAUCCAGUCCAUCCUGGGCGGGGGCCCUUCCGAGGCACCGCGGGAACCCGCCGGGUGGCCAGCCAGGAAACGCAGCCUGUCUGUGUCCUCGGAGGAGGAGGAGCUGGACGAAGGCUGGAAAGCGCCCGCUUGUUUCUGCCCAGAUCCGCACGGCCCCAAGGAGCCAAGCCCUAAGCACCAUCCCCCCAUCCCUUUCCCUUGUCUGGGUACCCCCAAAGGCAGCGGAAGCGCAGGGCCUGCGGGCUCGGAGCGCUCGCCUUUCCUUUCUCCUUCUCAUUCGGACUUUAAAGAAGAGAAAGAGAGGCUCUUGCCGGCGGGCUCGCCCUCUCCGGGCCCAGAACGGCCUCGGGAUGGUGGUGCAGAUCGGCAGGCCGGAGCGGCCAAGAAAAAGACGCGCACCGUCUUCUCCCGCAGCCAGGUGUAUCAGCUCGAGUCCACCUUCGACAUGAAACGCUACCUGAGCAGCUCGGAGCGCGCCUGCCUCGCCUCCAGCCUGCAGCUCACCGAGACCCAGGUUAAGACUUGGUUCCAGAACCGCCGCAACAAGUGGAAGCGGCAACUCUCGGCCGAACUGGAGGCGGCCAACAUGGCACACGCAUCGGCGCAGACUCUCGUGGGCAUGCCGCUGGUGUUUCGGGACAGUUCACUGCUGCGAGUGCCGGUGCCGCGCUCGCUCGCCUUCCCGGCGCCGCUCUACUACCCCAGCAGCAACCUCUCGGCCUUACCGCUCUACAACCUGUACAACAAGCUUGACUACUGA